CUGGGAUGGCCGACCUCGACCUCGGGGCCCUCGUCGAGACAGGCGGCCGCGAUGCGGACCUGUCCGUCCAGUUUGCGAUGCUGCAGGCGCUGGAGAAGGUCGGCGGCUCCAAGGAGGUGAAAGAGGGCGAGCCCGCCCUGGGCGACCUCCCG